GUUAUAAAAUGAGUACAAAUAGACAAAAACUUUGGAUGUAACAUAGUCUAUGUAUUAUUUUCAACGGGGACGACAAGUAAGAAAGACGUGCUUAACCGACAAAAUAAGGUUCAGCUAAAUCAGUCCAUUACUGGCAGCAUUUUGAAUAGAAUCCAAUACUCUGCUUGUUAUUGCGCAAGAUGCAGUCUCCUAAAGAUAUUCCUCAGAAGCAUUCAGUGAACGAUUCCCCAGGAGGCCAUCACCCAGGAUCCCCUGUUCAACAUGGCCAUUUCCUCAUCCCCAGCCCUAUCAUUACAAGGAGAAUGAGGACAAAUUCAGUGUCAGAGAGAGCCAAACAGGGUCCAGUAUUGAAAGGCAAAGUGAAAAGUUUCUGCAGAACCAAGGGCCAUGGUUUUAUCAUUCCUGCCGCAGGUGGUGAACCAUUAUUUGUACAUAUAUCAGAUAUUGAAGAAGAAUAUGUCCCAAAAGAGGGGGAUGAGGUGACAUACCAGGUUGUACACGUACCUCCAAAGAACGAGAAGUUCCAGGCUGUGCACGUACAUAUCACAAAUCUAGUGCAAGGAGUUACACAUGAAAAAUGGGACACUCCGCCUGCCAGUCCACAGACUUCUCCCAAUAAGUGACCACAGCUCUCCACGGACAGUGCAGCAAAACCAUGCCCAUAGGUGUGAAUGGGGGUUGACAUGCUUUAUGUUUUCAAAGAAAUAUAUAUUAAGGACCAUUUUUUGAUAUCGAUCUUGAUUUUUGUUAAAUGAAAAUCUCCACGUUUUCUAUGAUAAAUGUAGAUGACUGAAAGGUACUAGUAGUAUUUCAGUGCAGAUUUGUACUGUGGAUGAACUGAUUAUCUGUGGAUUCUGGCCCCAAUAUCUUCUUUGUGUCAGGCGUAUUGGUCGGCAGUGAUUUUUUAGGUAGGAUAUUUCAAAUAAGGUUUUUGUCAUAAAUGAUAAAAUAUGUGGUGAUGGGGCUUAUUAUUUUAUAGAAAUAAAAUUGUAGUUUAUUUCAUCUGUAGUCCUGUGAAACUUUCACUUAUUUGGUGACUUUUUAGGAUAAAGUGUUGAAACCAUCAUGAAGACUUGUUUUUAGACACUUGAAUCAACACCCAUUUUCCUUGGAAAAAAGCCUGAAAGAGUCAUCCCAUUCACAUUUGAUGCACAUGUUAUGUGACAAUCUGCACUGAAAAUAUAUCAGUGUAAUUCCAUAGCCUGACCAUCUUAGUUUGUAGAUUAGGAUUUCCUGUAAAACUUUAUGGAAAAUGGAAAGGAAACCCUGU